AUGGUUCUAACCCAGACUUCUUUACCCGGUAAACGAACUGUUGCACAAUUAUCGAACGACACUGGGAUGUCACGUCCCCAGAUAAAGAAUCUUCGCGGAAUACGCGAAACAACUUCUUUAUUCGGAAAACCCUCCGAACUCUCCCAAAUCAUCCGUCGGCAGUAUGGCCCACCCAAACCGAAAGACCUAUCGAGCAACCAAGCUCAUAUAUCACCCGGAGAAUCAGCAAAUGGGGCAGACAGUAACUCACCAGACCCUAGGAUCCCGAGAGUAUUGGAAGACAAUCAAUCCCCAGAGCAGAGUCAACUGGGAGAACCGAUUGUCGGAUAUAAUGAAUUGCGACGAGAUAUGACGCGUCCGUUAUCUACAAACUCACCUGCACAAUGGAAAGGAAAGGCUCGAGCGACCUAUAAUGUAAUUGAUACAUCGACUAUCCCUAGACCAAUCAAUCCUGUUGACUUACCUAUAGUGGGACCCAUUGGUCUCAAUCCUAAGCUAGGGGGUAGUAACCCCCAAACAGUACUGAGAGAGAAAUUAACACCGGAGGAUUCAGCAUCACAGACUGGUCAAGCUCCCCUCUCACACGUAUCUCAAGCAGUCUAUGGCAACUUAGAGUGCUCGAACAUACCUGAGCAAAGCUUGCUAUUUGAUGAUGAUUUUGGCUAUAAUAUUGAAGAACCUAAAUUCAGGAUCAAUUGGAGACUGAUUACCGAGGAAGAAUUCCCUGAACCUACAAAGAAAGGAGGAAAGCCCCAAACACAUGAUCACAGACACAAAAAUCAGAGUCACCCACCACGAAAGGUGGCACAACCUCAAGCCAGACCGUCUCACGCUCGGCAUAUUCAUGGAGGUAGACUAUCCGCGCGAAAUGUUCCAUCACCGGAUCAAACCAGGGUCCUGCUAGAGGCGGGCCGCCAGGCGGCCCACCUAGAGGAAAUGAGCCUGAUGACAGUAGUCAUGAAGGGUCUUGACGGAAUGACAGAAACAAGAGUAAGACCCCAAAGAAAGGGGAACAACCUUACCAGCAAAACCGGUACAUCUUUAACUAGUACCCUUGCUCUCGCGAACAUCCAGGUUUUGCAGAUGUAUGGAUUGGAGGAUCCUCACGCAAACAUCAAAAAAAUAUUUGAGUAUGAUCCAACACCUCGUAGUGAGGAAGAGCAGCCCAUUUGCAAGAAACUCCAAAAUGAACCAAGAGUAAAGGAGGCGUCAAAGCCUAAACUUUAUUGGAUUACUGAGGAGGUUCAAGAGAAGAGUGAACAGUUCUUCAGACUCGAGGAGGCAUUAGAUAAUGAAACACCUCAUACAUUGGAUAGUGACAUAUGGACACAGUAUGAAAGUGAUGGAGCUGAAGACAUGAAUCCGGAGGGUGGGUCUCAGCAUGAGAGCGAUGCAGCUGACAAAGAGUUUUUACCACUGAAUGAAGCACCACAAUCAAGUGAUGAACCAAGCCCAGAACAUAUGGGACACAUGCAAGAUUGGGAUACAUUCACAGUGCACUGGCGCAACAAACUCGAAGAGCAAUUUGGUGAAUAG